AGAAAUGACAGUCACACGCGAGUCACGAGCUGUCAGAAAACGAACUAAGCUGCCACGUGACUUAAGUUCUGGUAUUUAACCGCGGUUAGUGCAAUUUGCUGUACGUUUUGGUCGUGAGCUGCUGGGAAUAUUGUGGCGAAUAUGUCUGUGAUAUGCAUUGUAGUACUCUGCUUAUCGUUCUCUCUAAGAGGGGUCACGGUGGCUGCCAUUAGCGCCUCCGAUCUCCAAGAUUUGCCUGAGACUCACAUGAACGUGGUAGGUAACUAACUUCGCAAGCUUAUCUAUCUUUAAUAAUACGUUUGGUUUUUAUAACCCUUCCGUUCAUACAAAGUGUAUGAGUUGGGAAUUUUACUUCCUUAACUACGAAUACAUCGAUGAAUUUCCCGAAGACAGUUGUAGACUCGAAACUGAACAACUUGGCUUUGAUAUAUUGCGUAGACAGGAAUUACGCAAGAAUGGAGAUUUAACAUGCGUGGUUAGUCGUACUGGCUUUGCUUUCAACGGCCACCGACUCUACAGCUCAGUUUGCUGUCGUUAUUUACAACGUUAGAUUAAGUGAUCAAAGAGAAAUUUUGGUCAUAUUCGUUUUGGCUUUAGGAUUGCUUGUUUCCGGUUUCUUUGAGAAGACAAGAAAGUAAAAGCAUUGUUGAGGCGAAAGCUGACACAGCGUUCACGUAACGCAAUCAAAUUUUUCGGCUUUCAUUUUUUGCGUCAGCGGCUGUAAGCUUUUUUCAGACAGACAUGGAUAUGUUUACGGUACUUUGACCCGAGUUAAGACAGGAGAGAUCACGAGUUUUGAGUCACGAAAUCGCUCUGGUUAAGGAAGCGAAACAGAUGGGAGUGGAGGGAGGAGGGGAAAUAGGCGUGUGAUGAGGUGUGAUUUAGAAAGACCGGAAGGUUUUUGGUUGUCAAAGCGAUCGUUUUCUUUUUAAUUAAGAGCAAAAAGCUGGUGAAACAGACAUGUUCUGACAUUUUUCCCAGAGUGCAAUAAUUCGCUACAAUGGUUACCCAGCUGAAGAAUUCAAUGUGGUUACAGAGGAUGGUUACGUCAUCACAAUACAAAGGAUACCCGCAGGAAGAAAGGAAAAUUUAGAAGAUCUUGAUGGUCCAAAACCUGUGGUUUUCCUUCAGCAUGGUCUUUUGUGUUCGUCAUCUAACUGGGUCACAAAUUUACCAAAUGAAAGUCUGGCCUUUAUCUUGGCUGAUGCAGGCUUCGACGUUUGGCUUGGGAAUGUUCGAGGGAAUACCUAUGGCCUUCAUCAUGUCAAUUAUUCCGUCCAUUCAGAUGAAUUCUGGGAUUUUAGGUGAGCUUGGCGUCAUUUUAAUUUUCUGAAAAAUUUUUAGUGCUGCUGAACAUUUUCUUUCACUCACAGUCUGCGCGUUUACCUGUCUUUCUCACUUACCCUUAUCGAGUGGGGGAGGGGGGGGAAGGGAUGAAUCAUGAAUUACAGCGGUUUAAUCAAAUAAUUAUGAAUUUUAGUAUUCAAAGUUUAGGAAUCAUGAAUCACGAGAUACAAGUUAAAACGAAUCAUGAAUAUCGAAUAAAAGGUUAUACACGAGUCAUGAAUAAUUGAGCUUAUAAAGAUCGGGAAUUACCAGGCCCGAAGGUAAAAUGAUCACACUGCUCCCCUAGGCCCCCCCCCUUGUUAUCCUGUCUGUCCCAUUGAUGGACUAUGACCUGGAUGUUUUUUAAAACGGGAGGCUAAGUAACAUUUAAAAAAAGAAACACCAGAUCUGCGUGGGCGAGUGUUUUUACAGAUCCUGCGUUCAUAUGUGAUGACUGAAGAGUCACUAGACUUUGCACUGUUUCUAAAUUUUUCAUUCCAAAAUUAAAUGUGAAGUUAAUGUAAAGUUAAAAUUUCUAUUUCAAACUAAAACUGUAACUCAAACAUGUGGUAAGCCAUCAAAGCAGCUGAAUAAUCUUUUUUUCAUCACGGUUUAAAUCUUGAGCGUCACCGUUUAACCCUGACUCAUUCUUGGGUCACAAGGACGACCUUUGACCAGGGUGUGAAGAGAGGAGGGAAGGGCUGGUAACAUUUCAAGAAACACCGGAUCUGCAUGAGCAAGUUUUCUCCAAGGUUACUGCUUUGUAAUGGCAGUGAGGCACACGAAAAGUAAGCCCACUUCCAGAGUUCUCCGCGGCGUGCUAACACCAAUUUUUUUUUCCUGUCUUUUUUUUUUCACUCGCGCAACGGACUUCGGCGAAAAGGAGGGACUGCACGUAAUCUAGGCCUCGCAGAAUAUCUUAAUAUUUUUCAAACUGAAACAAGUUCAUCGAAUUGAAAAUCAACUUACGAUGGUUUUUGACCUUCUCUUUUUCAUAGCUGGGAUGAGAUGGCGCGAUAUGACCUUCCCGCCAUGUUGAAGUUUGUGGUAUCGAAGACAUCUCAGCCAUCGUUGUAUUAUGUGGGGCAUUCGCAAGGAACGCUCAUCGCCUUUGCAGAGUUUUCAAGGAAUAAAGAAUUGGCCAAACUGGUGAAGAGGUUCUUUGCCCUUGGACCCGUGACAACUACUGGUCACAUUGAAAGUCCAAUUAAAUAUUUCCGUCAUCUCGGACCGGAACUUGAGGUAAGAAUUAAUACUUGGCAGCUUUUACCAGUUUCCCCUUCACCUUUCAGUCGCAUAACAGAGUAAGACGUAGUUACAGAAACUAAAGUUGUGAACAGUUACCUUAACUUUUUCUUUUUUGUGCUAAAAGACGAUGACGAACGUGCACCCAGUAUGAUGAAAAAUUUCAGGAAAAUAGAGAAAAGCUACUUAGUUAAUGGAUGCGAGGGUAGGAAGCCCCCAUUUAUUUAUAAUGAAGUUUAAGGUCAUAAGGACAAAUUAUUUCAGGUGCUAAAUCUGUGACCCCCAAACAAAUCACAUGCUCGUCGAUGUAACGUCUAAAAACGUUUAUUUACCCAACCUGUAAAACUACUUGUGAAGUCUACUAUUAUCGAAUGAAAUGCGUAGAAGAUUAAACGAGUUUUUUUACUAUUUUCGUUUGUACAGAGCGACUCACUAGUUUAUGAUUCGAGAAAUCUUUUAUUAAUGUACAUUUGUUUCUUUUCUCUUCCCUAGUUCUUGUUCAAACUUCUGGGUGUGCGGGAUUUCCUUCCGUCCGAUUUCCUCAUUCAUUGGUUAGCUGACCACGUGUGUGACGAACACGAAUUGGACUUAAUCUGCUCGAAUAUCGUUUUUCUCAUCGCUGGAUAUGACAAGACACAACUUAAUAUGGUAAGUCUUCGCAAACUGUACAAAAUUCAUCUACGAAAAGAGAGGCUAGAGUCCAUACUCCGUGGAAAAUAUGUAUUAAACUUGUUAAAUGAACCACAACAUUUGGCUACAUUAAAAACUCCGAAACUUCUUCAAAUUCAAAACAAAGGGGUAACAAAUUUAGGCGAAUAAAGCUCAAAAUCAACUAAAACUCCGCAAAAACAAACAAACAGUACGUGAUAAAUGUCCACACCAGUUUUCAAUGUCAAGUUUAGAGUUCUUUGACGUGAUUGGCUAAUUUGUGAAAUCAUGCACGCCGCGUGUGAAUACAAAAAGACUACAAAGGGGGAGAGGAAGAGAAAAAUUGUUACUUGAAAUUUAAAAAUUGAGGAGAUAUUCUACAGCCAACCAUAUUCUGAAGGACUACAAUCUUCCUGCAAGCGAAUCACCCAGCUUCCAUUAAAAAUAUUUUCAGUUUUCUAAGUUACUCUUUUCCUUGUUAUUUCCAACUGUAUGGAUUAACAUUGGAUUAAUCCUCUGAGAAUGACUAGCAUCUAAUUUCUCCUAACAAUAUCACCCCUGAGUCACACAUUAAGGCCACGAGAAUAAAGGAAAUGAUCACCAACUAAAGAGGCUCUUGAUUGUUAAACAAAUUCUCCCUAUCAGUACCUUAUAAAAAUGUAUAGAGAACAGUAUGGAGAAUAUGAUUAGAAGCAGACAAGCAAGUGGUAAAUGUGAAUUUCAUUUUCUUGACAGACGCGACUUCCAGUGUAUGUAUCUCACACUCCAGCAGGCACAUCGGUGAAAAACAUGAUACACUUCUUGCAGGCACGUUAAGUGGCGUCUUAUAUGUAUAUUUGAUCGUGUAGUGGUGCAAACACCAUUCUCAGUUAUUUGGAACUUAAUUAUUCGUGUUGUUAAACAGUAAUUUUUUUUUUCAACCUUAAAACACAUCAGGUACUUGCACGAAAAAUGUCACUUAUGUACAACACUUCAGACACACUUUGCGAAUACUUUCUGCCAGCUGUACACUACGUGUAAAGGUCUUAAGCAGACAUCUUAUGUACGCUUUUAGAGAAGUUAACUUAUUUACCCAACUUGUGAAAACUCCCUGAAGUCUGCUAUUGUUAGACGAAACGCACAGGAGAUGGAAUCAAGCUUUUACUUUCCUAGUUCGUCACGGUCCUUACAAGAAAAGUUUUUUCCACUGCUAUGUUGUGGUUACUGAGAAAUUUAUUAAAUGGUGCUGCAAUAUGAAACAAAAAUUAAAGUAUCUACCUCUAUACAGAUGACAGAUUCCAACAAGUUUCAAAUGUUUAAUUAUGAAAGUGCAGAGAAGAACAGGGAACACUACGGACAGGUAAAUAAUCUGUGUAUUUCCGGCUUGAGAGUAUAGUAUCCAAGCUCGAUUGUCGCUGCUCCCUCGUAUCCAGUCCAUGCUCCUCCCCAAGCGUUCGGGAGGAGGGGCGCGGGCUCAUGUUCCCGAACAGCGGCUGGUAAUCGAGCCUAUCUAGUAUCAAGCUAUUUCGAAAUAUGCAGGUAAUGUAGAGUUAACAACUGAGUUGAAAACGUAAAUUGGCCACCGUAAAGAGUAAAAAAGCUGACGUUUCGAGCGUUAGCCCUUCCAGCGAGGGGCUAACGCUCGAAACAUCAGCUUUUUUACUCUUUGAGGUGGCCAAUUUACGUUUUCAACUUAGUUGUUAAGACUAAAUUACCUUCUAUUUUCUCCCACCGACGCAGCACCACAGGUUAGUUUGAAAAUACCUUCCCUUUGCAAUUUUUAUUUAUGGCCUGUUCUUAAUAAUCUUUUCGAAGACCUACAAGUAACAAGUGAUUUUUUGCAAUCUUAAGUUCACUAAAGAAUAAAUGUUUCCCAACAAUCUUUACAGGACACCCCACCCCUAUAUAAUGCAACAGCUAUGACUGUUCCUGUGGCUCUGUACUGGGCUCAGAAUGACUGGUUAGCUGACCCAACAGAUGUGCGGGCGCUGCUACCUCUGCUGCCGAACAAACUGUAUGACAAGUAUAUCCCAAAGUGGGAUCACAUGGACUUCCUUUGGGGUUUGGACGCGCCUGGAGUGGUUUAUUAUGAUAUCAUAAAGCACAUGAGAGACGUAUAAGCUAGCUAGAAGAAAUACAAAAAGCGAAAAUGAGAAAAUUGUCAGGAUAAAUACGACAGAGCACCUUAUCCAAGGUUAUUUUAAUUGGCCAAAAGCUUUGCUAUUGUCACUCUUAAUGUGACUUGUUUCUGAAAAAGCGCCUUACCGAAAAAAGUUAAGUCGUUAAAGAGUAAUGAUUUCAUAGUUAAACAAAAUUUUUUCAAAGCGUAAUUUCUCUUAAGUUACUCCACACCGAUUAUGUCGCUAGAUGAGAAAGUAAAGCUUUGUUGUUAGUAAUUUACUAUUGUAUGCACAAUAUUUUAAUGAGAGAAAUUGACUAUAUAGAAUUUUAUAUCGAUUAAUAAUUUUUUAAAAAAUUCAGGAAACUCCCUCUUAAGGGACAUUUUGGAGGCUAAGAAAGCUCUCCCCUUUAUUAGGGAUUACAAAUCCCAUGAUGGGAAUCAUAAUUUUUAGUCCUUGAGACCAAAGUUCGUGUCUCCUCGAAUAGGGAACGCUUAAGGGAAAGUUUUCAACGAUUUUUUUACGUGCAAAAAUAAUUUAAGAUCAUUUGGUUUAAAAAAAAAAUUCAGACGAUUCAGCAUCUCCGUUUAUUCUACUGGAGUGAUUUAUUGUGUAGUCUUAUUUUAUAUAUAUUUUGUCCAAAGUAGAACGUUUCCGGUUUUAUUGUCAAUAAUGCCAAACUGCGGCCAACUUUUGUUGCGCCGAUUCAGGGCUUCCAUUUUUCCACUCCUUCCCUGCUCAGGCGGCUUCGUCUUGUUGUCUUUGCUG